AUGGCUUCCAACACUCCGUCACCCCAUUUGCGCGAACCGAUUUCUGCGGGCCCCAAACUCAAGGACCAGAUCCCCAAGCUAGAGCCUCGCAAACGGCGACCCGAACCCUCAAAUCCAACUCCAGUCCCCGAGACUCCCGUCCUGCCCUCGCCACCAGACACAUCGCACUGGUCGUUCAAGGUACCGACGAGGCGAAUCAUCUCCCCCAAAGACCAUGGCCUCUUUCUCUCCUCCCCAGCCAACAGCCUCGUCAAAGCUUGGGUGUUCGGGCUGUCAGAAGCCGUUGUCGAUACCCCCUGUUCUGCCGUCAAGGAAGAUGGCCUCAGUGCAACGGUACAGGCCCUCCUGACGAUACUGGAUGAGGCCCGCGAGCUCAUCGCCAAAUCGCCUCCAGACGACCAGGGGGGCUCACGGUUUGGGAACAAGGCCUUUCGAGGCUUUCUGGAUCUCGCCAGGAGCAAGUGUACGAGGUGGCACAACAUGCUGGGGCUCGUCAAUGACGAUGCCAUCGCCGAGGCAUCUGCCUACCUGAAUCAAUCCUUCGGAAACCGUAACCGCAUCGACUAUGGCUCGGGCCAUGAGCUCAACUUUAUGAUGUGGCUUCUUUGUCUCUACCAGCUUGGCCUGUUGCAGACGACAGACUUCAAGCCCCUCGUUCUCCGUGUAUUCCUGCGCUACCUGGCCCUGAUGCGCUCUGUCCAGAUGACCUACUACCUGGAGCCCGCCGGAUCCCACGGUGUUUGGGGCCUGGACGAUUACCAGUUCCUGCCUUUUCUCUUCGGCGCAGCUCAACUCCUCCAUCACCCAUUCAUCACCCCUCGCGCCAUCCACCAGGACCUCACCAUCGAGGAGUUUGGCAAGGACUACAUGUAUCUUGGCCAGAUUGGCUUCGUAAACAACACCAAGACCGUUAAGGGCCUGCGGUGGCAUAGCCCCAUGCUGGACGACAUCUCCUCGGCAAAGUCGUGGUCCAAGAUUGACGGCGGUAUGCGCCGGAUGUUUGCUGCAGAGGUGUUGGGCAAGUUGCCGGUUAUGCAGCACUUCUUAUUCGGCUCAUUGAUUCCCGCCGCAGCCGGCAUGAGCGAGGAACACCCAGAUGCGGCUGCGGACGACGACGGGGACGAUGAUGGGACCGCUGACGCAAGACAACAUCCCGGCCACUCGCACGAUGGUACGGGUUGGGGAGACUGCUGCGGGAUCAAGGUUCCCAGCAGUAUUGCGGCGGCUCAAGAGUUGAAGAAGGGAACCGGGGGAGAAACCUUGCGGAGAAUUCCAUUCGAUUGA